AUGGAGAAGGGAAACCAAACCAGCAUCUCAGAAUUCCUCCUCCUGGGACUGUCUGACCGGGCAGAGCAGUGGCAGCUCCUUUUCGUGCUGUUCCUCUGGAUGUACCUGCUCGGGGUUCUGGGGAGCCUGCUCAUCGUCGUGGCCAUCGGCUCCGACCCACACCUGCACACCCCCAUGUACUUCUUCCUCACCAACCUCUCCCUGGCUGACAUCUGCUUCCUGUCCACCACGGUCCCCAAGAUGCUGAUCAACAUCCAGGCCCGGGAUAAAUCCAUAUCCUAUGUUGGCUGCUUGGCACAAAUGUAUUGCUUUAUGCUGUUUUCAUGUCUGGACAAUUUUCUCCUCACUGGGAUGGCUUUUGACCGCUACGUGGCCAUAUGCCACCCCCUCCACUACACCACGAUCAUGAGCCCACGGCUCUGUGCCUGGAUGAUUGUGGUGUCCUGGAGCAUCGGUAACCUUAAUGCCCUCUUACAUACCUUAAUGGUGGUUCGAUUAUCGUUCUGUGCAGGAAACAAAAUCCAUCACUUUUUCUGUGAUCUUAGCCAGCUUCUAAAGCUUUCCUGUACUGACACCCUCUUCAAUGAAGUCUUGGUGUAUGUACUCUUAGUAGCUUUAGGUGUUGUUCCCCUCACAGGUCUCCUUUUCUCUUACAGUUGCAUCAUCUCUACCAUUUUGAGAAUCCCAUCUCCUGGGGGAAGAUAUAAAGUUUUCUCCACCUGUAGCUCUCACCUGUCUGUAGUUUCUUUGUUCUAUGGCACUGGCCUUGGGGUUUAUUUCAGUCAAACAUCUUCCACCCAAACAUCUGGGAAGGGCUCGGUAGCAUCUGUGAUGUACACGGUGGUCAGCCCCAUGCUGAAUCCCUUCAUCUACAGCCUGAGGAACAAGGACAUGAAAGAGGCCCUUAGAAAUGUGUUCAGGAGGAAAAGCCGCCCCAAGAAGCUGUGA